AUGCAUAUGAUUAUUACGUUGCUAUCGAGUGCACUACUUAAUUCUACUGCAGCAUUUUUGCCAAUGUCUUCACCAAAGCCUGCAGAUACUCUUAAUGGAAAAAGAGCCAUCAAGAAGCAUAGAAAAAAUAGUAAGGAAAAGAAAAAUGAACUCUUCAUAUUCCUGGAGAUAGACAAAAAAAAUUCCGCAAGGUGGUGA